UCCCAAGUCAACUCUAUUCAUUUCAUCAGAGGUUCAACGUUUUCUCUUUUUUCUUUUUGUGUUUUGGGUCAGAGAAAGGUACGUAGAGAAGACAAUGGGUUCAGUUUCUGAAACCGUUUGCGUCACCGGAGCUUCUGGUUUCAUCGGGUCAUGGCUUGUUAUGAGACUCAUCGAGCGUGGCUAUACCGUUCGUGCCACCGUUCGUGACCCAGGGAACAUGAAGAAGGUGAAGCAUUUGGUGGAGCUGCCGGGUGCAAAGACAAAGCUGUCUCUGUGGAAGGCUGACCUAGCUGAAGAGGGAAGCUUUGAUGAAGCCAUUAAAGGGUGCACUGGAGUUUUUCAUGUGGCAACUCCGAUGGACUUUGAGUCUGCAGACCCUGAGAGUGAAGUGAUAAAGCCUACUGUAAACGGAAUUCUGGAUAUCAUGAAAGCUUGCAUGAAAGCAAAGACAGUGAGAAGGCUUGUGUUUACAUCCUCAGCAGGAACUCUUAAUGUUAUUGAACACCAGAAGCCCGUUUUUGAUGAAACUUGUUGGAGUGACGUUGAGUUUUGUAGGAGAGUAAAGAUGACCGGUUGGAUGUAUUUCGUUUCUAAAACACUGGCCGAGAAAGAAGCAUGGAAAUUCGCCAAAGAGCAUGGCAUGGACUUCAUCACUAUCAUUCCACCUCUUGUUGUUGGUCCCUUUCUCAUGCCAACCAUGCCACCUAGCCUAAUCACUGCUCUUUCUCCCAUCACAGGAAAUGAGAGUCAUUAUUCGAUCAUAAAGCAAGGUCAAUUCGUGCACUUGGAUGAUCUGUGUCUUGCUCACAUAUUUCUGUUUGAACAGCCAAAAGUUGAAGGGAGGUACAUAUGCAGUGCAUGUGACACUACUAUUCAUGACAUUGCCAAACUAAUCAAUGAAAAAUACCCUGAGUACAAGAUCCCCACCAAGUUCAAGAAUAUUCCAGAUGAAUUGGAGGUUGUGAGAUUUUCUUCAAAGAAGAUAAAAGAUUUAGGAUUCCAAUUCAAGUACAGCUUAGAGGACAUGUACUGUGGAGCAAUUGAUACAUGCAGAGACAAAGGGCUUCUUCCUAAACUUGCUGAAACUCCACUCAGUAGUAUCUUUCAGAAUGCAGAAACUCCAAGGAACUAAACACACCCUUUCAUUUCAUGGUUCAUGCAUGUUUCUUCGUUAGUUUCAAUCUCGGUUAUUUUAUUAAGUUAGAGAUGUGCGUACAUUGUAACAUGAACUUCUAAUAAAGUCUCAUAACAUUACAUGUUUGAGCAUCUACUUUUGUUCAUUCAACUCAUUAUGUUGUUAGUUACAUGUACUUCUAAUAAAACUCUUUCUAUAUUUCGAUUAAA